AUGGGUCUCGAAAACGGUCACUAUCGAAUUGUCAAUGCCCACAGCGGCACUGCUAUCGAUGCCUCAGGAACUGAUGAGGGGGUUGUUCAUGGCUGGGAAAGACAUGAUGGCAGUAACCAACAUUGGAUUGUUUCGGAAAAUGAUGGGAAAUGGGAGAUCCGAAAUGUUGCGUUCGGCCUUUUCUUGAGACCUGCCAGUGAAAACCAUAGUGAUAUUCACGAUGGUACUGAGCUCAUUAUUUCUGACAGUCCUUAUGGAUGGCAUGUUUAUGAAGAUGAGGAUGAUGAUACCUACCGUCUCUAUGUCCCUGAAUUCCAUCGACCUAUUACAGUCGAUUUAGCUGAGGGAGGAAACCCACGCAACGGCACGCCGAUUCUCCUCUGGGAAAAAGUUGACGAGAAUCGAAACCAAGUCUGGAAAUUCGAACGACUCGAUGACUAG